AUGGUCGGAGGGGGUGGUGGUGGUGGUAGUGGUGGUGGAGGUGAAGGUGAAGGUGAAGGUGGUGAUGGUGAUGGUGGUGCAGCAGUAGAUGUGGAUGUGGAUGUUGAUGUUGAUGUUGUUGUCGAUGGUGAUGAUGAUGAUGAUGAUGAUGUUGGGGCGUAUCACGGUCCCGCAAAAGGUGGGGCCGGCGUCAGUUGGGAUUCUGGACGUGAUGCUUUUCCAGCUCGUGCAGAUCCCCGUCGCGAAUCAGCGGAGGAGGAGUGCAAGGAGUCCAUCGUUCCCCCCCAACCUAAACCGGAAUCUUUGUGCAGGACGAGCGACGAUGACGACAAUGAAGCCCGUGAAGCCAAUGAAGCCAAUGAAGCCAAUCGAACAGAGCGGUGUGCCCUCGCAGACCAGAGUACUACAUACUACAUAGUACUACAUACUACGUACUUGUACAGCAAGCACACGCCCAUUCCUGCAUCUUGGCGCAUGGGUGUUGGCGGACAAGAACAUCCCCCCAUCGCCUACAGAGUAAGUACAGACUACGGAGCAACUAAGUUCCUCCGUGGCUCCGUGGCUCCGUGGCUCCGUGGCUCCGUAAGAAGAACUGGAAGGAACCGGCGGGCCGCUCCUCCUCUGUCAAACUCACUUCCGCCUCAGACAAUACGUAAGAGCGGUGGUUUCUUAAUGGCUCAAAGCCCUGUCAACUCCACUGUAUAG